GGUAUUUGUAUUCCAAAUAUGUCCUCGAUAAGUGUAUGGAAAAGCUUUACAGAUGAACUAUAUCAAGACCAUAGUUCGGUUUUCAAAAUUAUUCUUCAUGCGCAAUUCCCCAUUCAGAUAAAGUCUUCCCCGAAGUGUGUAGAUGUUCCCACCCAGUAAGCCUCCAUCAUUUCAACAAAUUGCCGACAUAUCUUACUCUAACAGCAACGUUGAGUUCUCCGAAAUCCGGGUUUUCCUUUAAGGGCGUGGAUUGUCACCCCUCAUCAGUUAUGUUUUCUAAAUAUUAUUUCAUCUCGGCAUAGAACAGAAUGCCAUCCAUCCAUUGGAAUCAGGUGCACUCUAACCCACUCGCAUCGUUGAAAAUACUGUGUCUUGCUACAUUGCAAUCCAUCCCUGUCCUCUUACAAGGUCUCUUUGUCCCCUGUCGGCUGCGACCUCUCGGGUUUCGAAAUGCCCUUGCCCGGGUCUGGUUAGGAAACAUUUUUUCCAUACAAGGAACCAUUCUUUAUAGUCCAGCGCAAGAUCAUUGUGAGCAGAAAAUUGAAGGUUCCGAUUUCGAAGCGUACAUUAUUCCAUCGACCAACACAGCUGAACUGCAAGAGGCCGAUGCAAUUGUCAUCUUCGCCCAUGGCGGGGGCAUGAUAUUCGGACAUCCCUUGCAAUAUACCAAGACCUAUCGAAGAUGGACCGCAUAUGCGCAGAAACUAGGAAAGCGAUUGGUGUUUGUCUCAGUCAGAUAUCCCUUGUCAGCUACUCGGAAAUGGCCUGCUCAGCGAGAUUCAAUGCUGGCUACUUAUCUCUGGGUGUUGCAGAACGGCGUGUCUCCGAACCGUGUAGUGUUUGCAGGAGACUCAGCGGGUGGCAAUCUCGCCACUCUGACAAUGCUGAAUCUUCGAGAUACUUCUUCCUCCGUCAAUUUACCCCGUCCCGCAUCUGCAGUUCUUCUAUCCCCCUGGUUUGAUAUGACCUGUGCUCAAACACUAAGUUCCAAAAAUGUCAGAAAUGACAUGCUGUUCCAUUUUGAUGCUACAGUCUCAUUCUUGAAUGACACCCUCCGGCCCAAUAACCUUCCAUUUGAUACUCCUGAAAUCUCAAGUUUACUAGCGGAUAGCGUUGCCGGCUUACCACCGCACCUGGUCGUAUACAGUUCAACGGAAAUUCUUGCCAGCGACAGCAAGCGAUGGUGUGAUCGGUGUCGUGCCGCGAACAUCGAGGUAACAGAAGUUGCACUCGAGGGUGAAAUGCAUACUUUUGCGGUGGGGUGGCCGAUCUGUAGCUCUCCCGUGCAAGUGAAAUGCGAUAAACUCAUUUGCGAUUAUAUCAUUGACCAUUAUACAAUCUCUUUGUUCCAGAACUAG